AUGCAGAUGAAGACAGCAGCGAGCACAAAGCUGACCAUGAGAGAUGUAGAAAGGAUUGAAGCGGCUGUGGAUAAACCUGGGAUGUCAGCUGAAAAGAAAAAGUGGCUGCUGAUUGGUCUGGCAAUUUUGAUCUUGGGGGGAGGAGGCUCGACGGCAGCGUUCGUAUUGCUUCGUAACCACCAUUGA